AUGAGCUAAAAUGAGGUUGAUUAUCAUCUGAUUUGCCCUAAUUCAAUUUUAUGUUCAGAGAAUUUAUGUUAAUUAUAACAUUAAAGGGCAUAUUUGGGAUUGUGUAUAGUUUAUUUACAAAUGCAAUAGGAUUGGGCUAAUCAAAAAACAAUUUUAGCAAAAACAUAAAUUUAAAAAAUAAAAGAAGAUGAUUAAGAAAAUUCAGAAGAAGAAGAAGAAGAAGAAGAAUUUAAAGAAAAAAAGUGCAAAAAUCAAAAGUGCUAAUUAUGGCACUUAAAAAAGGCAGAUCUUAAACAUUUUUUGAAGGUAGAUUCAUCAAUUUAUGGAAUUUUUCCAAAUAAUUUGUGCAAAUAGUUAAAUUGUGAAAAAAAACAAGAAUGCAUAUUUAUCCAUAAAGAAUGGGCAAAGAAUCUUUGCAUAUAGGAUAUUAUAAAAGAAUGUUAGAAGAAAGAAAAUAAAAAAUGUAAAUUAGAUCAUUUGACAUGGGAUGAUGUAAAGAAAAAAGCUGAAAAAUUUUCAAAAAUAUAAUUUACUAAUCCAGAAUUAUUAUGUAUGAAAAAAGAAUGCACUUGUGAUAAUCAUCCUGAAGAUUUCUCUAAAUAUUGUAUACCAUAUUUAAAAGGAUGGUGUCCUAAAAAAAAUUGUGAUGCAAAACAUGUAAAUUGGGAGUAGGUUGAAAUAAAAUAAAUUAAACAUGCACCUUGUACAAAUUUAUAACAUAAAUCAUCUUAAACCUUAGAUGAAAUAAAUUAAUUAAGAGAAAUAUAAAUAUAAUGUGAAUAAGUUUAAUUACAUAGAUUUAAAUAAUAGCUUUAAAAAUCUAACACGAUUGAUGUAAUAUUUAUAAUGGAUUUAACAGGUUCAAUGAAUCCAUGGAAAGAUGAAAUUUAAAGUACAAUUUCAAAUAUAAUAAGGGAAUUUUAAUAAUCAAUAAAAGGUUAUUCAGUUAGGGUAGGAUUUGUUGGAUAUAGAGAUGUUUGUGAUUUGUAAGAAUAAAUCUCAUAUCGAAAUUUGACACAUAAUAUCAAUUCAAUUAUAGAAUAUAUUUCAAGAUUAGAAGCAAAAGGUGGAGGUGAUGAAGCAGAAGAUAUUGUUGGAGGAUUUGUAUAAGCAAUGAAAUUAAAUAUAUCUAGAAAUCCAGAUAGUUUAUUAUGUACUUUUUUAAUUGCUGAUUCACCAUGUCAUGGAAAAUAAUAUCAUGAUUUAGAAUCUGAUGAUUAUCUAGAUUAAGUACCAGACAAUUAUUUAGAAGACACUUUAUUAAGGUAUAAGAAUAUAAAAAAAAACAAUUUUUUAUGUUGUGUUAAAAUAAAUGAAACAACAAAUAAAAUGUUUGAUAAAAUGAAAUUAGCAUUUCCUUUGAUUACUAUUACAACAAAAAAAUAACCAAAAGAAUUAUCUGAAUUGGUUCAAUUUACUUUACAUUAAUCUCUUAAAUAAUCAAAAUUGAUUCCUUAAGAUGAAAAAAAGAAAGAGUAUUUUCAAGCUACCUUUUAAUAAUUUAAACUUGAUAAUUAGAGUAAAUAUAAUGAUGAAAAUAAAGCUGAAUUUUGGGAAAAUUUUGCUGAAAAUAUACUGAAGUCUUCAAGAACAGGUUAGACUGGUUUAGAAAUAUAAUUAGAUAAUCCAGAAUUUAUUUCCAAUGAUGAUGACAAUUAUACAACUUCAAUUCUUAAAGCUUUUGAUGCAAGAAAUAACUAAUUUAUUAUUAUUAAAUUUCCUAAAGUAAUCUUAAAAAAUUUCUAAUAAAAUAAGAUUGAUAAUUAAGAAAUUUAAAAAGCAGAAUUAUUAGCUGAAUCAAGAUUUUAUUCAUCAUCAUAUGCAUUUUAAAUGGCUUAUUUUUUUAAUUGCGAGUCUUAUAAAUUAGAAGAUAUUCCACUAAUAUUUUAUGUUUUACCUACUUUAUAUUAACUCGAAAAACCUUUAUAUGGGAUGACUAAAAUCUAUGGUGAAACAUUUAUAGAUACACAAUUUUUAUUUUAGAAAUAUUCUGAUAAAAAUAUUAAAUUUUAAAAAUACACAACUAAUUUUUAUGGGAGUAAUUAAGAAUUUUAUUAUUAUUCUGUCUUUAGUCAUUUUUCUUAUAUUGAAAGCAAAGGUUUAUUCGUAAUAACUGAUUUAUAAGGAUAUGAUAAUAUAUUUACAGAUCCAUCGAUAUAGACAAAGAAAAAUAGAAUUAAAAUAUAAAAGAAUGGACAAUCUAUAUAUAUAUUAGAUGUAGAUAAUACUAAUUAGAAUUAAAGAGGAAUUGAUAUAUUUCUUUAAUAAUAACAUAAAGAUUGUAGUGUGUAUUGUACAUAACUCUAAUUAUCAAGAGAAGGUUUUGCAGAGCUUACUAAUGUAGAUUAAAGUGUAUGGAAGGAACAAUAACAUAUUUCUGGUAUAUGCCAUUUAUGCAAUUAAUUUGCAGAGAUAGAUUUAGAAGAAAAGUAAAUUAAUUAAAUGGGCUUUUAUUUAAAAUGUUAAAUUUGUUUAAAUGAAUAAAGCUAUUUAUCUGAAUAGUUAUGUAAAUGUUGUUAAAAAUUAUUUAAUACAGAAGUCCAAAUUAAAGCAAGAAUACCAACAAUUUUAGAGUAUUGUGGUGAUUGUAAAAAUAUGUGUAAGGAGAAUAAUAGUAAAUGUUUUUAUUGUUAGAAAUAAUGUAAGAAACUAUUAUCAACUAUAACUAUAUAAUAAAAAUUAAUUUCAAUUUGUAAAAAUGGACUUCAAUACUUGAAAUCAUUAAAAUGUUAUAAGUGUGGAUAGUAAUACAAUUAUGAUAACCUGAUUUCUUAAUAAGAAUACAAUUCUGGGGUAUACUUAUGUUGUGAUAAUUAAUGA